AUGUCGUCCGAUUCCCUGGCUGCAUUCCGCAAGAAUGCCGGCGAUGAGCUCGGCAAGCUCGCGGAAGAUCAUAUGAAGCAUGAUCUGCGCGACUCGGACCGUGACAUCCUCCAACGAGCCGCCUCCAAAGCAUCCACGCACGCCCUGAUCGGGUCUCUGGCCGGCAUCGCCCUGGGCGGGUGGCUCGCGUUCCGGAUCCGUGCGAACCGCAACGCCAUGUACCAGGCCAUCAAGGCGACCGAGAGGCCGACGCACGUUCGAUUCGCAGAUGGCCGAGAGGAAGCCAUCCCGGACAUCACGCCGUUACUGAAGCCUACGCCGCUGGGCGACAUCGCGGCAUACACCUUCUUCGGGAUCGGCGGUCUGUUCUUGGGAGGCGAGACCGGCUUCUUAACCGGCGUCUGGGCGGCCAAGAGGACCAUUUCCGAAGAUCCGGAGGCCAAACACAGGAUCGAGAAGGCGGUCAAGGCGUUCCGCGCCGACGUCUUGCGCAAGCAGAUUCAAGAGCUGGAGAGCAACUCGGACAGCGGGAAGGAAAUCAUUUGGACAUGA